CAGCAGCGGCACCAGCAAGAGCGAGGACGUAAGUUCGGAAGAAGAAGAAGAAGCAUUGCGCUCAUUGCUAGUACCGGAUGCCUCUGGCGGCUGCCCAGUAGCGAACGGCAGCGAAGAGAAGAGGAGCGACGCUGGCAGCGGCGAUUCGGACUUGCGGCAGCUCAAGCAGCGCCUCCUUGCAUGCAGGAAGUGGUCUUGCGAGCUCGUGCAGAAGCUUGUUUUGCAACGCAUCCGCCCGUCUGAGCCAGGGGGACCCCUGCGGGAGGCUAAAGACGUUUCGGCUUCAUCUUGUACAGAGGCUGCUCCUGCAGCACCCGUUGCAGCCUUACGCAGCAGUGCUGACAGCGAUGAAGCUUCUAACGAGGCGAGCACACCGACGCCUUCAGCUGUUACCUCGGCGGCCGGUGCCCCAGCAACAGCAGCAGCAGCAACAGCAGCAACAGCAGCAGCAGCAGCAGCAGCAGCAGCAGCAGGCCUCUGCCCCAAAUGUCUUUCGCUGCAGGCGGCUGUGCGGCGUCUGCGGCUGCGCGUUGGUGACUGGCGGACGAGGGCUAUGAUAGCUGAGCAGCAGCAUGCCAGCACCGCUGCUGCCGCAGCAGCAGCAGAACUAGAGAUUUCGCGGCUCAAAAAGCAGCAGGUAAUGCUGCAUGCUGCAACGGGAGCUCCUGCAGCGGCUGCACUCUUGACAGCAGCCAUCAAAGGCGAGGAGAUCCGGGAGGACGACUCGACGUUAGACUCUGCAGCAACCGUGCAGCAGCAGCAGCAUUUGGCAGCAGUUGCGGCACCAGCUUCAACUACAGAGGGGGGGGGUGCAACAAAGGGUCAAUCUCCGGCAAGCCCGGCGGUAGCUGAUGGUGUGAGUGAGGAAGGCAUGCAGCAGCAGCAGGAACGGCAGCAGCACGAUGAUAGCGGGGGUGAGGACGAGUCGGAUUCGGUUGCAGUUCUGUCAGUUCGACUACAGCAGAAGGAGCAGCAGCUGCAGGAGCUGGUAGAGGAGCAGGCGAAGCUGAGGAAGGCUGCCGACGAAGCUGCGGCCAUGCCUGUCGUAAAGAGAAUUCAGAUUAUGAGCAGUCCUCCCUUCAUUGAGCUCCAGCAGCUCUGUGCGGAAAGGGACUUACUUCUGGCAGCGAAGUCUACCGAAGUUGAUGAACUACGGCGCGAGCUGCUGGCGGAGCAGAGCAAAACAGAUGCAGCGUUCGACGAGCUGGCGCGGAAGCAAGCGGAAGCAAGGGAGCAGCUUUCUGAGAGGCUGACUUCUUUGUUGGAAGAGAACCAAACUCUCAAGGCACAGAAGGAAAGUGUCCUUCUAGAGGUGAAUGCCUUGAAGGACCAGCUGGAAGCCUCACGCCACAUGCAACAACAGCUGGAGACGACGGCCUCCCAACGUGCCCUACAGCAGAUGCAGUUGAAAAUUCAGUAUGACCAACUCAAGAACGCAAGCAACCAAGUGCUCGUGCGGAAUGAGCGGCUCAAGGCUGAAAAACAGCGGAUCAUAGAAGCGUUGAAGGUCUCUACGGCAGAUGCAGCAGCAAGGGAAGCAGCCGUGAAGGAGGAGCAGACUUCGGCAGGUGCCUCGGCGGAAGAAGAGGGUUCGCGAUUGCGGAUCGAGCUAGAGGCGAUGCAGAGACGGCUGAAUGAGCAGCAGGAGCUAGAAGCAGAGGUCUCAGAGCUUCGCCAGCAAUACUCGCACGUUACCGAAGAGUUGGAAGAAGUGUCGAAGGCGUUCGAGGAAAGGCAGACGCACUAUGAAUCUCUUCUGAGGCAACUGAGGGAACGGGAUGAGGCGCUGCUGCAGCAGAAGGCAUCGGCAGAAGCAGCGCAGCAGCAGCUGCUGCUUUUGCAACGGAUUGGACGGCUGCAGGAUCAGAAGCUACAAAUUGAGAAGCAGCACGUCGAGCAGUUGGCUGCAAGCGCAAGGGCGUUCUCGGAUGCUCUUCAGCAGGCCCAGCGCAGAGCUGUCGUGGCAGAUCAGCAGCGCGAUGAAAUUGCAACCUGCUUUGAAGCCCUUCGGAGCGAGCGCGAGAAGCUUUUCAAAAGCAACGACGAAAUGACGCGGGAGCUGCAGUUGCUGACUGAAGCGAACAAAGCAUCGUCAAGUGUGCUCGAGCAGCACCAGACGAAGUUGCAAGCACUGGAGGCUUCACUCAGGAGGCAGGCAGAGGCCAGAGCGGAAGCGGAUAAGCGACUCGAGAAGCUGAAAGAGAGACACGAGAAGCAGGAGCGCAAAAGAUUGCUCGCGGCAGCGGAAGAUCCCUCUCUGGCAAUUAAUAAUUUGCUGCAAGAGGAAAAUGAAACGAUGCGCCGGCGGCUUCUUUGCGGCGUGUGCAAUGAGCGGUUCAAGGACCACAUGCUGAUGAAAUUGCAUUGAGAAGAAUGUCAAGGCGCGCAACCGCAAAUGCCCACACUGCAAAACGCAGUUUGACCAGAAGGACAUUCGCAAGGCGUAUCUCCAUAA